ACCUGUAUAUAAAGCCUGUGUUACUUUAGUACACGUCACUUGUCAGCAGUCAGAACACAAGAAUGGGGUUUAAUACAGUUUUGUGUGUUGCUGUCGCUGUACUUAAUCUAUCAGGCAGUUUCUGUCAGCUGGUAGAUGUGUGCGGCCAAGCUCCUCUCAACACCAAAAUUGUUGGAGGGCAGGAUGCGACUGCGGGGUUUUGGCCCUGGCAAGUAAGCAUUCACAAACUCAGUACUAAUAGCCAUGUCUGCGGUGCGAGUCUCAUCAACAGCGAUUGGAUUUUGUCUGCAGCUCACUGCUUUGCUGGCCCCAACCCAUCAGACUUUGUGAUCUACUUGGGACGUCAGAGCCAGCAAGGCCCAAACCCGCAAGAGAUUUCCAGAACAGUGGUUCAACUCAUCAUUCAUCCUAACUUUGACACAAAUACUGAAAACAAUGACAUAGCACUGCUUCAGCUCUCAUCUCCUGUGAAUUUCACUGAUUAUAUUCAACCAGUUUGUCUUGCUGCUGCUGGCAGUCAAUUUGAUCAGGGACUUUCAAGUUGGGUGACAGGAUGGGGGGACAUUUUUGGAAACGGCACAUAUCCUGACAUAUUGCAGGAGGUGGAGGUUCCAAUUGUAAGCAACUCUGAAUGCAAUUUUUCCUAUAAUGGAGCUAUCACAGACAACAUGCUGUGUGCUGGACUAAACGUUGGAGGGAAAGACUCAUGUCGGGGUGAUGCUGGAGGGCCACUGGUCGUUAGGGAGGGCAGCAGAUGGAUACAGGCUGGCGUUGUAAGUUUUGGUAAAGGAUGUGCAGAACCCAGUUUUCCUGGUGUGUACACCAGAGUGUCUCAGUAUCAGGACUGGAUCGGAAGUGUCAUCAUGGGCGAUGUUCCGUUUAUUCCGUUUCCCAUUUAUUAUAUUGCUUAUGAUGUCUUAAGUGGAAGCUCACCCGGCCUUUGCUUAUUUCCCGUUUCCCUCACAUUCUCCAUCAUCUCUCUCAUCUUCUGUCUCUUUUGUUGAAGGUUGUUUGAGUCAUAAUACACUGUAAAAAAUAAUACGCUGGAUUUACUUAAAAAUAUAGUGCAUCAUUUUUGCAUCCAUUUUUUAAGUAAGUUUUACUUGAAAUUUUAAGCAAUUACAUAAAUUGCUUAAAAUUCCACGUGAAACUUAAAUGGAUGCAAAAUGAUGCACUAUAUUUUUAAGUAAAUCUAGCCUUUUUUUUUUUCAGUGUAAUAACAGUUAUAUAGCGAAGAAGCAACAUGUGUGUAUACACUGUCAUAAAUAGGUGAUAAGGGAAGGUUUUUUUUAGAUCUUUUAUUUGAAAACAAACUAGAAAUAAAAAAUUAGUUGUGUAUAAUGUAGUAUAUUCCUUAAAAUAUUUUUGUUAUUUAUAUAU